AUUAAUUUCACUAAUCAACAAUGUCUUCUUCUGGUGAAUCAAAUUUAGCAAUUGCCAAAACUGUAAUAUCAGCAAUUGGCUCAGCUGCUGCAAUGUCCAUGUUGAUACAUAAUCUCCCACCAGAAGUUCAAGAUUACCUCUUUUUCGGCCUCAGACAUGUAUUUAUUAAAUUCUCGAAUCAACUAACUAUGGUGAUUGACGAAUUUGAUGGAAUGGUGAGCAAUGAAGUAUACGAAUCAGCUCAAAUUUACUUAGGCUCAAAGCUCUCUCCUGAUACACGUCGUUUCAAAAUUAGCAAAUCUGAGAAGGAAAAGAGUUUCAACACGAGCAUGGAUCGAAAUGAGGAGGUCACUGACUAUUACAAAGGCCAUAAGUUCAAGUGGAUUUGGGUAUGUAAACAAAUUCAAACAUCAAGAGAGUCGUUUUACAAUCCUCGCGAUAUCAACUCUACUAUGAGGUCUGAGGUAAGAUCCUACGAACUCAUGUUUCAGCGAAAAAGCAAGGACUUUGUCCUUGAAUGUUACUUGCCUUACAUUAUCAACGAGGCGAAAUUGCAGUAUCUUGAAACCAAGACACUGAAAAUCCACACUAUGGAUUAUGAGAAUAUGCAUGAUCUUAGUGAAGUGUGGACACCGGUGAAUCUUAAUCAUCCCGCGACAUUUGAGACAUUAGCAUUGGACUCAGAGCAAAAAGAUGAGAUUUUGAAGGAUUUGGAUAGAUUUGUGAAGAGGAAAGAGUAUUAUAGGAAAGUUGGGAAGGCGUGGAAAAGAGGGUAUUUGUUGUAUGGUCCUCCGGGGACAGGGAAAUCUAGUUUGAUUGCAGCUAUGGCGAAUUACUUGAACUUUGAUAUAUAUGAUUUGGAGUUGACAGAGGUGAAGAAGAACUCGGACUUAAGGAGGUUGCUUGUGGCAACCGCUAAUAAGUCCAUUUUGGUGGUGGAGGAUAUUGAUGCUACUAUUGAUUUGCAAGAGAAGUUGUCUAGUCGCGGAGCUUCUCCUUCAAAUGACUCUCAUGAGGAAGAAAGCAAGGUGACAUUGUCUGGUUUGCUGAACUUCAUCGAUGGAUUAUGGUCAAGUUGUGGCGAUGAACGUAUCAUAAUUUUCACAACAAAUCACGUGGAAAAGCUCGAUCCUGCAUUGUUGCGACCAGGACGAAUGGACGUGCACAUUCACAUGUCAUAUUGCACUCCUAGUGGCUUCAAACUUCUUGCUUCCAAUUACCUUGGAAUUACAGAGCAUCAACUUUUUCAAGAAAUUGAGAAUUUAAUCGGAGCCACCGCGGUGACACCGGCUGAGGUGGCUGAGAAACUGAUGAAGGAUGAUGAAGUUGACAUUGCACUUAAAGGCUUGAUUGAUUUUCUUCAUAUGAAGGAGAAAGAACAUGAAGACAUCAAGGUUGAGGAGGAAGAAAAUGAGUAGAACCUACUCUCUCUGUUCACUUUUACUUUAUCACGUUUUACUUUUCCAGAGUCAAAUUGUAUGAACUUUG